UUUCCACUACGAGGUCAUUGGGUCAACUCCGAGCUUGCUUUUGUAACUCAAAACCAUUUUUAUGAUGAGACAUAUUUUGAUCAUGAAGAGAAGAUGAAACAUUUCAGUUAGUGGGGAUUUUUUUUUUUUUGCUAUGUCUAUAAAAUGGUUUCACUUGAAAUUAUUUUAGGAUUCUAGCUAGCUGUUGCGUCUUUAAAUUUUGAUAAAAAUAAAGUUGAGAGUAACAUUAAGAACAAUACUGAUAUAAAAUACUCCUAUCCCAUUUAGAAAUUUUUAUUAUUAGUUUACAUAUGGUUUAAGAUAUAAUUCAUAUUCUUUGUUCAUGUUGCAUUUUUCACUAAUUAUGUACUUUUAAUAAUUAAUUUUGAUAGAGUAUUUGGGUAUUGAAAGAUUUUACUAUUAUUUUUUGUUGAUAAAGAAUAAUGGAGAAUGCUAGAAAAGUAUGGUCAUGGUCAUCUAUUAAUAAUUAUUAAAACAAAAUAAAGGGUUUAAAUAUAAAUUUAAGCUUAAAAAAUAAACUUUUUUAAUGGGAAAUUCUAAAUGGAAUAAUUAAAAAUUUAAGUGGCAUAUUUAUAAUUGGAGAAAUGAAAGUGGAGAGAUUGCUUAUAAAAUUUACUCUAAUUUUCUCUCUAAGAAAUGGAAAAAGAUGGUCAAAUAUGUACAAUAAAUUUGUUGCAGAUCAAUCGCAAUGAACAAUGUUCUAGCACACUUCCCACCUGAAAUUUAUCAUCGGCUUAAUUCAACUUUUGAACCGCCUGGUACAAUUUUCACCGGUAGCAGGGUAGUAACUGAAGAUGGUAAUCCCAUCAGAAUUGAACUUCUGGACGCGAAGACCAAGACCCUCGUAACUUUUGGUCCUGUGUCUUGUAUGAAGAUUGAGAUUCUUGUUCUUGAUGGUGAUUUUGGUUCGGAUGAUAGAGAGGACUGGACCGAGAAUCAAUUCAAUGCCAAUCUCAUCCGCGAAAGAGAGGGUAGAAGGCCGCUACUGGCAGGAGAGUUAAAUGUUACUUUACGAGGUGGAGUUGCUUUAGUCAAUGAUAUAGCUUUCACCGACAAUUCCAGUUGGCAGAGAAGUCGAAAAUUUCGGUUGGGAGCUAAACCUGUGUCGAGAACUUGUGGCGGAAAUGGUCAAGCGAUGGUAAGAGAAGCUAGAAGUGAAGCUUUCAAGGUCAUGGAUCAUCGCGGAGAGUAGUAUAAAAAACAUUACCCUCCGCAAUUGGAUGAUGAAGUUUGGCGUUUGGAAAGAAUAGCAAAAGACGGCACAUCACACAAAAAGUUAUCCAGAUCGGGAAUACUCACAGUAAGAGACUUUCUGCAAGCAUUUGCGGUUAAUCCCUCCGAAUUGCGCAGCAUUCUUGGAGGGGCAAUCUCAAACAAAUUAUGGGAUAUAGUUAUCGAGCACGCGGUUACCUGUGUUCUUGACGAAAAUUGUAUGCUUACUUUGGAGUUGGACAAAAUGUUGGGCUUCUUUUCAAUUCUGUUUACAAACUAAUGGAAACAUUUGAUGGCCAGGCUUUCGAGCCUAACUCCUCCACAAAAUGCUGUGGUGGAAAAUCUAAAGCAACAAGCUUACAAGAACUUAAAUGAACUCAUCCUGAUCGAUGCUCGAACCAUCACAGGCUUUUCAAGGCCCUUGAUAUGUCCUCAAAUUGAUUCAUUUCAUAGCCAAAACCUCGGUCCGCAGCAGCUUGACUUUUCAGUAGCACAUCAAGGUAUAUACAAGCUAAUUGAUCCUGUCAUCAUUUAUGGAUGGAAUUGGACCUAAUUGAUCCUGUCAUCAUUUAUGGAUGGAAUUGGGCCGUCCGCAAGCCCACAUGCCUGGCAAUCCGGGCUAUAAUGGCCAGCAGCCCAGUCCCAACCACUCCAAGCCAGGAUUUGAACCCGCGACCAUGGCGCCUAGAUGGCCACUAGACCAAGCCCGUGCUGGGAAAAAUAAGACGCUUAACAUUAAAAGAAAAGUAGUAUGAAAAGUUAAAAUAGUGUUACCGUGAAUGUAGCAUUCUUUGAGGAGAAACUGAAGUUAAAUCAGAAAAAGCAUGUGUACAAAUAGUCAGAGCUGUAUCUUUUUUUGUUGCAGACCUCUCGAUCCAUGCCCAUGUUUCACAGAAGUUUCUAUUCAAUAAAGAUAAGCUACAGUUCAGUAA